AUGGAGGAUAAACACAACAAUAGAGUUUAUAUUAAUCCAAAUUAUGCAACUUCGAAAGGGAGAAAUAGCAUGCCAUUAAGUCAGCACAAUACAAUAUACAUUAACCAAAAUUUUGUGAAAAAUAAUGAACAGACAAGUAAUGUAAACAAAAUUUUUGUGAACCCACAUUUCAUAAAAUCUAAGAAUUUUAUUAGUGAAAUGAGAACAUUACAUGAAAACAAUCUAAUUGAUAAUCAAACUGUAUGUUUCAAGCCAGCAGUCCCUUUAGAAGCUUCUUUAGAGUGCUAUAAUAAUUGUUUAUACAACUUAUUGCCCAAUCAAAUUCCUGAGCCAUCUAGAAGUUUAAGUUUUCCUAAUAAUGUGACAGAAAGCAGAAGUAAUGAAACUGGGGUGAAUAAAUCUCGCUAUAGCCUAGUUAGGAACAGUUGCACUCAAAUAAAUCAAUGCAGCAACUACAAAGUUGAUUUACAAGAUACACAUAGUAAGAAAAACAAUACUUUACAAUUACCUAUUGUUAAGUCCAGGUAUCAUUUAAUAAGAAAAAAUGUAGCUAACACCCCAACUUCACAAUCUCAAACAAAAUCAAGAUUGAAAAUAAAUAAAUAUAAAAUGAUAACCAUCAAUAAUGUGCAAAAGAGUAAUGAAAAUAACGUUAAAGAGAAAAUAACUAAAUUUGUACCUUUCAAAAAUAUAUUUCCAACUGAGCAAAAACUCAUACGAAACAGUAUUUCAAUGCAACCACUUUUGAAUCGUAGUUUAUUAAGAAGUCGUACUUCAAUACAUAUUUUAAGACAAAAUCAAAAACUAAGACGAAUUUAUACCAAACAAAGGUAUAGGGCUGCAAUUGAAAAUAUAAAAGGCAAAACCAAAAUAAAUAAUAUUCCAUGUCCAUUAUUUUCGAAGUAUGGAAAAUGUCUCAGAAAUAUUAAAGGUAAUUGUGAAUACCUCCAUAACAAAAAACAUGUAACUUUGUGUAGAAAAUUUUUAAAAGGUAUAUGCCAUGAUGAUACGUGUUGCUUUUCCCAUGAAUUGUCAAUGAAAAAAAUGCCUACAUGUAAUUUUUAUUUAAAAGGCAUUUGCGUCAAAGAAAAUUGUCCAUACUUACAUGUAAAAUUGAGUGAAAAAGCAAAAAUUUGCCAAGAUUUUGUGCGUGGAUAUUGUGAAAAGGGUGAGAAUUGCUUAUUUAGGCAUAUAAAACCAAUGAUAAACAGGAAAAGUUUACAGUCAAAAGUAUCGCCAAAUAGUGUUAAAAAAAAUUUACUGUUAAAAAAAGGAACUCAAGAAAAGGUUUACAAAAGAAUUCCUCUAAAUACUUCAGAAGAAGAUUCCAAAAACAUUGCCGAGGUAAUUCUUGAUAGUAGAUAUUUUAAAGAAACUGUUACUGAAGAAAUAGAUAACUGUAAUGUGAUAAAACCAACCAGAUGUAAAUUGGGUGAUUUACCUUCUUUCAUUAAAUUACUAUAAUUGUGAGAUUAGUUUGAUUGACUGUCUGAGUAUUGAGAGCGAUUUCUGCUUUCAUAGAUAUUAUUUUAUUAAAUAUUAAAAUAGCUUCCCAUUCUGAACCUUAUUUGUGGUCUUUAAAAAAAUAUUUCAGUUUAAGUUCAUAUACCUGUUAAUUUUUUACUGCAAGAAUGUUAUUUGAUGAUAAAAUUAUAAAGUAAAAGAAUUUGUUAUAUUUAUUAUUUUAUGUACCUAUGUAAUUUUAAUUUAAUGUUCUAAUUUUACUAUGUAUAUUCCGCUUCUUCGUUCCCGUUGUACCUGAAAGUAUAAGUAGGUACCAUAGAAAUCUAAAUAACAAGACACUAGAAGUCGUAAGCGCGCGUGACCUUGUCGCCACUAAGGUGACUUCCAAGCCACCAGUGCGUUCGUCGCUGUUCAGUUGCUCUCGAGACGUGCGAGUGUAAACAUGGUGUGUUUCAGCAUUUUCCAUUGCGGAAAUUCUUCCACAAGAUGUAAAAUUACAAAUAAAGGAAUAACAUUUCA